UGAAAGUCCCUCUCCACUUCCUUUUAGCCUGAAACAAAAGCCAUCCCCCCCAAAAAAUUAAUUUCCGUUUUGAACCCUAAAAAUCCCUUUUUUUCCCUUAAACCUCAAUUGAACCGCUCAAUCUCACCAUGAACGGUACGAAAAGAUUUGCCUUAUCGAGCUCGGCUGCCGAUGCCAAUGAUUCUGCUUUCCGCAACAAAAGAAUAAUGGCAGGAUAUCCUUUUGAUCCUCAAAGGGCAGAACCAUCUCAACAGCAGCCGAAUGCAACACCAGCAUUAGACCCACAGCGAGCUGAGUUGUCUCGGCGGCAUGUGAAAGCUCUCAACAUCCAAUUUGCAAGUUGGGUGCAAUCACAACUGAAGAAUCACCCUGAUGAGCUUUGGCAAGAUGGUGUUAGUGAUUACCUAAGUCAUGCCUCACACAUUAUGGACAAGUUCAGUGAUGUUGUCAAUUGGCUCAAAGCGAAUGCGGCUAAUGGUGACAGUUUGUCUGCUGCUGAAUCCCAUAAAAAUGAAAGCAAAAAUGUUCCUGAAACCAAAAAUACUGAGAAUAAGUUUUUUCAAGGGAAAAUUGGAUUCACUCCAACCAGCACAACUACAAGCCUUAUUCCAGGCUCUACAACUCUGAGUUUUUCUCCAGGCACUACAACCAUGAGCUUUUCUCCAGGCACCACAGCUGGGAUGUUUUCUCUGAACACUACAACUACACGCUCGACUCCAGCUGAUAUGACUAAAAAAUUUCCUCCAUUGGGUACAACUACUAGCUUUACCUCGGCUAGUUCAACUACAAGCUUCACUCCAGUUGGUCUGACAACAAGCUCAAUGGCAGCUGGUUCAAACUCAAGCUUUUCAUUUGGCCUUUCAACCGCAAAUUUUACUUCCUCCAGUACAACAAAUAGCUUUACUUCAUCUAAUAUGACUUCAGGCUUUGCAUCUCCUUGGAGCACUGGAGCAUUCUCUAAUAGUCAGAGCCCUUUCUUGUUUGGAACUCAGAGCUCAGUUUCUGUGGACAACAAUGCAGCAGAUGAUGCAGAUGAUGAAAAUGAGUUGCCACGGCCAAGCAGUCCAUCAGUGAAGAAGUCGGAAGAGAAGGGUAUUGUUGUUGUUCAUGAAGUCAAAUGCAAGCUUUAUGUCAAGUCAACUGAUCCAGAAGAUAAAGAUUCAUGGAAAGAUAAAGGCACUGGGCAACUUUCCAUAAAAUGCAAAGAGGGUAUCAGCAAGGGUUCGAAAGAUUCCAAGCCAACAAUCGUUGUUCGAAAUGAGGUGGGAAAGUUGUUACUAAAUGCAUUGCUAUAUCCUGGGAUCAAAACAAGCGCACAAAAGAAUUCCCUUGUUGCAAUAUUUCAUACCUCGGAUGAAGGUGGCGAUAACCAAGAGGUAGUGGCCCGUACCUUCUUAAUUAGAACAAAAACAGAGGAUGACCGAAACAAACUGGUAACAGCAAUCCAAGAGUAUGCACCGGCGUCGUAACUAAAACAGAACGUGGAACUCGUCCUAUUUGUAAUCAAAGGGAUCCUUUGCUCAAAGGAAUUGUUGCACUUGACAUUGUAUGAUCAUCAUACCCAGGUUCCAUCUUUCAACACUUGUCUCAUGUAUGUUAAACGUGUGGGUUAUACUUUAAAUCAUAUUAAUCCCACUUGGAUAAUACUCAAAAUCACAUCAAACCCGCAUAUGGACUCCAUAAUAAGAUAGCAAGUUGUGUAGUUACAGGUACAGGAGGUCAACCAUGAUUUAACUUGUUCCCUUUAGAUGUGCAUGGAGAGAGGCCUACAUCAAGUCAUUUGGUUUGUUGAAUUUAACUUCAUAGGUUAAGGCGGUUAAAGCCUAGAACUGCCAAACGGCGACAACCUUCGUAACUUGGUCAACAAUCUUGGCCGAGCUACGAAACAUAAAACAACUUGGCCGAGAUUCACGGUGUGUCAUUAAAUACCUUUUAGGUAUCAAUUAUCAAAUAGUUUAUGCUUUGUAAAUAAUUUAGAUAUUUUGAACAAUUUUUUAAUUAUUAUAUAAAUAUAUUUUUACGUGUA